AUGACGGUCCCCACCAACCCUGAUGGGGCCGAGGACGUGAAUGUCUUCCUGCAGCGCAUUCGGGAACUUGGCGAGCGCCGCGACAAGGAAGAUGAGGAGCGCACCAAAAAGUUGGAAGAGGAGAUUCUGCAAGGCCGUAAAGAGAGACAGGCCCGCCGAGCUGAACGAGCACGAUCGAUCGCCGGAUCUCCCACCCUGAAUGCCGCCUCCAGGCUGAGUGCCUCUUCCAUCGGCCAACCCUCGGCUAUCGACCCUCCCGAACAGCUGGAGCCGACGCUGCAGACACCAGAUCCCGAAACACCGGGCGGAGUGAGUUCAAGUCAAGAGCGAGACAUACUGGCGCGUGAUAUGAGGCGCGGAUCAAUCCAGGACACCGACACGGAUUCCCCUCCGCGAGCGAUGCCAACCUUGUCUCGUAGCCGAGCGGGGACUUUGUCGUGGCAGCAGCGCCCAUCUUCUCGUGAAUUGGGAAGCAGGUCGCCUGGCUCAGUAUCCCCGACUCGAUCCAGCCAUUUGAGAAACGCUUCCACAGCCUCCGACGCAAACGAGCUAUCUCGUGCUCAGAUUGCGCAGUCCCUCUCGUCCAAGGAUCCGUCAUGGUUUCGCCAAACACCAGACCGUGGACUGGGCUCACCGGCUUUCCGAAAGCCCGAGGAACGAUCAGAGAGUCCAACAGAGUUUAUGGCAGGGCGUCGACUGCCAGGAUUAAGUCGUGACUCCACCGCAGAGCCGGACAAGGUGGAGGAAGCUGAGGCGAGGUCACCUUCUCCACCAAGAACUGCAUCGACUGUCGGUGAUAGCUACUUCAGCAACCGGUAUUCGGGUGUGUCAUCUGUGUCUCCUGCAACUGGACUUGGGUCUCCGGUCACCUUAUCGGAGACACCAAAGUUAGAUCCAUCGCAGAGUGAGCCGGUCAAAGACCCGGUUCCAGCAUCUCCAACUCAGCGCCGUAUGUCACCAGAGCGAGCUCGCUCAACAUCGCCCACGAAAGGCAUGGGUGGAUUCGUACAGAGUGCCAUGAUGCGGCGUUCUGAUAGCGUGUCGAAACGGUGGAGUGCUCAACUCCCGCAGGGAUUAAGCCGAAGUAACUCAAUUUUGUCAAACCGCAGUAGUGUGGCAGGGCCAACUCUCACCGCGAGUGUCAGUGACAUGACUCCCACUGGUGUCACGCGACUGGCGAGAGACACUUCCCCGCUGCCAUCUCAACAACGACCCAGCUCAAGUCACAGUGAAGCAACCGUCCAUCCUCGGGAGUCCACAGAGAGACCAACAACUCCCUCUGGACCCAGAAACGAGACCCGCCUUGAAGGCAGCCCAGACCGACCUGCCUAUUACGGCCACUCCAGAUCGACUAGUUCAAUGACUGCCGACAGCAUGACCGGUGAUACCCCAUCAAGUCCCUUCACUUCUAGAACAAUGGACCCCAGACGCUGGAGUCCAACCAAAGCCUCCUGGCUCGAGAGUGCACUCAACCGUCCGGAAUCUCCUCGGACUCAGAAGCAGCCGCCACCACAGCAACCCUCCUGGGUACGUGACCGACAAUCUCGAGGCAGCGUCGAUGCUGGCCGUGUGAACAAUUUCAAAGAAGUCACCCCCAUUGGUUUGAUGCGAACACCCCCGCCAGGUGGGCACUUCAAGAAGCCAAGUCUUUCUGGAGCUCCUCCGGCAUUCGGUACGCUCAGUGCGACUAAGACAAAGGAGCCAGAGCCAGAGCCAGAGCCAGAGCCAGAGCCAGAGCCAGAGCCAAAGCCAGAGCCAGAGUCACCUGCACCUGCACCUGCAGCAGCAGACAAUGAAAAUCUUCCCACGAAGACGAAGCCUAUCGAGGAAGAGCCAAAAAUCGAAGCAGCAGCAGCAACAGAAGACGAAAAAGCAGGACAAGAAGAAGCGCCGAAGCAGGAAGACACCAAACCUGUGUCCCCUUCUGCAACUCCCAAAGUCCUCUCUGAACAAGUACAAGCGCCACGUGGAAAGACCCUAGAGCCUGGAUCGACUCGCAAAUCCCCGCCUCCCGCGCUCACCAUGAAACCCAAUUUCUCUCUUCCCUUACGAGAUCCCAUUUCGCCCAGGCCCAAGCCUCAGUCCCCUGUUAUUGAUUUCCGAGCAAACCUGCGGAAACGCGAUGUAGGCAAGGAGACUGGACCUCAAGCUGAGCCCGAAUUCAAGAACGUCUUUGGCAAGCUCAAGAGAACCGAGACUCGCAACUAUGUCGCGCCGGACGAACUGAAGGGCAACAUCCUCCGCGGAAAGGCUGCGCUUAAUGUUACGGGUGGCCCGAAGAAGACCCAGCGUGUCGAUGAGUUGAAGGAGAGUAUCCUGAAGCGGAAAGAGGAAAUGAAGGCUGGCGGGGGAUCUAUCAGGCGCAAUACACUCGGAGAGAAGGAUGCCCCGGAAAAUCCUGCUGCGGUUGUGCCCGAAGCCAUUGCCAAACGUCAACUCAUGAACAAAACUGCCAGUGCCAAGCGAGAAGACGAGCAGACCUCUCCAACUGCGGGUGAUAGUAGUCCAAUAAAGUCUCCACUGGAACACCCUGUGUCUCUUCCUCCACAAUCUGAGGAAACCAUCGCUACAUCACUCCCAGAGGUUGUCUCGCCGAUUCCCAGCUCAGAGGCUACAGUUGUUGUGGAUCCACAGCCGAUCUCGAGCCCUAAAGAAGACCGCAAGUACAUUGCUGAGACGACUACCACAGAGGUUGAGCCGGAACCAAAGGCUGUUCGAGAGACAGCUAGUUCCGUUCGCGGCUUACCAUCCGCGAGGCGACCAGCAGCAACUACGCCUGCUGUGAAUCCAUACGCGGCUGCUAAAGGCAAGCUCGCAGGCCGAAUCAACCCUGCGCUAGCAGGUCUCCUCUCUCGCGGCCCACUAGCCGUGGUCGAGGGACCUAAGAAGGACCUGGCGGUUUCGCCCCCUAGCAAGAGCUCGCCUGCCACUCCAUCGGCACCGCUUACCCAUAUGACGAAAGCCCGUGCUAGAGGACCUAAGAGAAGACUGCCCGGUGGCUCUGCGGUUCCAGCGGCUUCAGCUGUUGUCUCAUCCGCGAAGGAUACUACAGAGGUUGGUGCCAUUUCUUCUUCUGAAGUCCCAUCCUCGCAGACACUCCCCGAGCCCGAGGUCUCUUCUGAGCCUCACUCGGAGAACCUGCCGCAAGAAAGCCCAGUUCCCAAUACUGAAACCGCUCGAGCAGAGAGCCCCACUACCAAGCAACAGCUCCCUGGAGUAAGAACCAGCACCCAGGAUGCUCUCAACAGCGGACUGCAGUUUAGACUGGGUAGCAUAUCGCCUAUUUCGCCAAUGUCGCCCGUUUCUCCUAUCUCGCCGAUUUCCACACGAGACGCAAACCCUGACCGAUCUCCUAGCGAAUCUAGCGAUAAAGAGAAUAUCAGCCAUGAAUACGGGUCUCCGAGGGAUGCAAGCCUGUCAUCACGCCCCCUCUCAACCAGGCCCGCUGUCCCACCCAAGCAAAGCCCGUCGCCGUCGCCGCUGCCAUCAUCGCCCUCAACCCCCGUAACUAGGCCAGAAUGGGCGCAGCCAGCCCGAUAUGCGUCGCCUUCUUCUCCGUCGCCCCUAAGGACAAGUUUCAGAGAGAACCAGAUGGACACGCCGGCCACAACCCCUCAGAAACCGCUUCCCGGCGUGAUCGUCGCCGACUCUUCGCCUCAAUCCAAGCCUCUCCCCUCUCCCCCGGUUCCUCCCAAACGAUCGGGCAUUUCCCUAAAUAAACCCUCACAUUCGCAUCGGCUGUCACGGAAAAUGUCUGCACCCUCCCUAGUUGCGCAGGCAGCGGAAGCUCGUGAAGUCAUCGCUGGUUUCUUCAAAGCCUUUCCCAACCCACGAGACCGGAUGGAUAUCGACCCACAGUUGAUGUUGACGAAUCAGCCUGAUGCGACCAAGAUACGAACUGUGAAGCGCUUUAUCUGGGAGCUAACAGGCGAUGGGAAGAGACAAGAACUCCCGAUCAACCAGGAGUAUGUCCUGUACGAGGGGAGCAUGUAUCUAUGCGUGCAUCAGUUCGAAGCACAGGGUAGCGGCAGCACCGAAGUUCACCUCUGGUGCGGAGAUGAUGUGCCUGAAGCAGCAUUAGAAGAUGCCCAGUUGUUUGCCCGCAAGGUGGCCCGCGAGAACGGCUGCAAAUUGGUCGUGGUUCGACAAGGCAAGGAGCCUGUGCGGUUCAUUCAAGCCCUCGGCGGGAUUAUUAUCACGCGCCGUGGUUCUAGUUCUCGUACCAACUCGUCUGCCUUGUACAUGCUUUGCGGUCGGAAACAUAUGGGCCAGAUGGCUUUCGAUGAAGUCGACUACUCGCUGCGCAACUUGUGCUCCGGGUUCCCGUUCGUGAUCUCAGCGCCCUUUGGCAAAUUGUAUCUCUGGAAGGGUCGGGGCAGCGGUCCUGAAGAAACGGGCGCAGCUCGUUUGAUCAGCAUGGAUCUUGGCUUGACAGGCGAGUUUGAAGAGUGCGAUGAGGGUCAAGAGCCAGAAUGCUUCUUCGAAGACUUUGCGGGUGCUCGUGAAGGCAACCCCCUUCUUUGCUCGGACUACUGGCAAUUGAAGCCGAAGUACAAUCACUUCUGUACUCGGCUCCUCCGUGUUGACCAUGAACUGGCCCAGCCAACCCGCUUCUGGAUGCGCCGUCCUGGCUCGGGAUCCCCGGUUGUCCGGCCGAAUGACACUGUCCAGGAGAUUGAGCCUUUCUGCUACAGAGAUCUGACAGAGAAGGAUGUCUAUGUCCUGGACACGUUCUUCGAGAUCUACGUUAUCGUCGGUGAACAAGCCUCCCAGAAAUCAGCCGACUUCGCCUCUGCAGUUGUCUUUGCCCACGAGUACGGCAUUCUUGCGGCAUCUCUCCAAGACCGCCCAUUUAUCCCCAAGAGCUUCGUCGCGCUAGGCGGAAUCCCGGACCGAUGUCAAAGUGCAUUCCGCAAAUGGAACCCUCACUCCCUCAGCGCACCCUGUGUGUUCCCUCUCGAAGUGGUGAUCGAAGCUAUUCGUUCGCCAGAGCGAGGAGAUUAA